GGUUGCUGGGUCAGUGUCAUGUCGUCUGUUAAUAAUAACAGAGUCAAAACAGCAGCAGCGAGGAGAAGCUGGGGAAAUAUUCACAUCAGCAUUUCUGCUUUUUGAGACGAGCCAGCGCGCACACAAUGUUGCACAACCCCGCUGCAACUUCCGAUUAAAACAUCGCUCUUUAUCCACCUUUUAAUUCGUCAUUUACGACCUCUUUGGGGUGUUAUUCUCUCGCUCACCUCUGCCACAGCUGGCGGGCAGUCACUGGCUCUACUCGUGCACUUCAUCGCGGCUGUCCAUCUGCGAGGAAGCCUGCGGUUUGUUGGUAAACACGACUCGUAUCCCGGCGGCAAGGACUCCAUCUGGUGCAUUGAUGCACCCGUUUCAGUGGUGUAACGGGUGCUUCUGUGGUCUGGGACUGGUUUACUCCAACAAGUCGUGCACCAUGCCGCCCAUCACCUUCCAGGACCUACCUCUCAACAUCUACAUGGUCAUCUUUGGGACAGGCAUCUUUGUCUUCAUCCUGAGCCUCAUCUUCUGCUGCUAUUUCAUUAGCAAACUACGACACCAAGCACAGAGUGAGCGGUUUGGAUACAGAGAGGUAGUUUUAAAAGGAGAUCCAAAAAAGCUGAGUCUUCAUGGGCAGACGUGCGCUGUGUGUCUGGAGGACUUCAAAGUGAAAGACGAGCUGGGAGUGUUGCCAUGCCAACAUGCUUUCCACAGGAAGUGUUUGGUAAAGUGGCUGGAGGUGCGCUGCGUCUGCCCCAUGUGCAACAAACCCAUAGCCGGCCCCCCUGAGCAGCACCACAGUAUAGGGACUCUGCUGGAUGAACUGGUAUAACUUCUCAACUCUCAUCAGCCUGGGCGGGACGUGGGCACCCGGCCAAACUAGCUGCUGAUGUGAGUUAGUGACCAACAGGAAGAGGGAAACUGCUUUGCCAUUUAAACACAGCAAAACACAAAUAUAAUGAUGGUAAGUCAGGGUAACCUAGUUACCACCCGGAGGAAGACUCUGAAGGAUGUUGUUGCCUAGCAACAGUCUCCGUGAUGGCAACACAACACCUUGUGGUGUCUAAGAGAUUAUCUUCAGCCACCCACACAUCACUCCAGCACUCUCCUUUCAUGAUCCCCUUCCAGAUGCCUUUUCUCCACAUCUCUCACAUCCUCUCUUGUUGGUUUGACUGAGGUUAACAACACCACUGAACGGAAGACUGUUUUUGUGACCCUGAAGUGGACAAAUGAGCGCUGAUGAACAACAGCGCUCGGGAGAAGGUGCCGAUCCCCUCUGAGUUGUGUAUCAGUGCUGUAUGUCAUGUGCUACCAGGGGUUAAAUAGUAUCCAUAUUUGCUGAGGUUUUAGAAACUCCUGCAGGAAAAUUAUUCCAGGAUGUGGCACUCCAUGAAAUUUUUUCAGUUAAGAAGUUUUGAGACAAAAUUAUAUUUUGUGUUCGACAUCCCCGGCAGUAGCUCAAGGCCAGUUUUUAAGAUUUUGUAGAAAAGAACAGGCAGAAGAAGAACAAGAAUAUCUGGAGCUGAAGAGAAUAAAUAUCACUGUAGCAAAGACAGAGAGGGGUAGAUAAGAAAUGUUUUUUUAAGAUUAAAUUGAGGUCACACUGCUUAAAAAUAAAGGAACAGGAAAAGUUAUUCACAUUACAUUUAUUAAAAUGUUUCCACAUAUGAACUCUGAACAAUGACAAACAGGACAUUGUCUGAAGCUGCCUUUUCUUACAUGUAGCACGCAAAAGGAGAUUAAUUUACUAGAAAUUUUCCAUAAGGUUUAGCUGAGGGAUGGUGUCUGGGUUUAAUAUGCAGGAAACCCAUUUGCUGUGAAUUCUCCAGACAGUUGGCUGCUCUAUUCUCAAAAGAGAUGAAUCGGACAUCACACUGAAUUCAUACCGGGGAGCUGGCAGGUUAAAAGUCAGAAGUUAGUGUUCUACAUUUAGCCCAGAAAAGUUCAAGACUGCAGAGCAUGUGUGAAAACGGCUUUACAGCAUUUGCAGCUGCAGCUUUCGUUCACGUGUGGUAAAUGUCUGCAUCAAGUUUCUCUCACAAACCAUUUUUUUCUGAUAUGAUGUCUAAAAUCCAUUCUGGUGCCCACCCCUCUGACACUAUGAUAUUUUCACAUGCUCUAGCUGUUUUUUUUUGUUUUUUUUUAAAGGGGAUGUGUUAUUGUCCUGAUGUGUUCUCAUGUUAAUAGAUGAAAGGAACACAUCCUGACUUUCACGGUAACAGAUUUAUUGAAAUAUGUUGAAAGCUUUUUUUUUUUUUUUCUAGGUAUUGCACUUUGAAUUCUCACACACACACACACACACACA